AUGCCCAAUCGAGCAGUCCGCUUCACCAUGACUCAGGACUUACUCAUCAUCGACGGGGCCACAGGGGUCAAGGUCUGGUUCUGGCUUCCACUCCCACUCCUCGUGGCGCAGAGCCCGCCGGAAACGCAGCGGCGACCGUCUAGAGGCCACCAGGUCACUUUUGGCGAUGGAGAGACCGUAGGCAGAGAUCCAGCUGUGACAGACGCAGAUACUGUACAGAGUACUCCGUACGGAGCACAGAGUACAUCCAUCCCCUCGCUCACUGUCUACACCGAGCUGGCCCUGUAG